AUGAGUUUUAGCAAUUCGUCGAGCUUUACUGGUCAACGCAAGAGAAUCAAUCUGUCGCCAGAUGAGAAGAAGCUCUAUGCUCAGCUAUUUAAACAAUGUGACCCAGAAGGACUGGGAAUUGUUACAGGUGAUGUGGCAAGGACAUUGCUUGAAAGAAGUGGGCUAUCAUCUGAUUUGUUAGGCGAGAUUUGGCAGCGGGCUGAUGUUGAGAACAACGGGUUCCUGGAUCAAAUUGGAUUUUCGCUUGCUUUGAGGCUGAUUGGUUCAGUCCAAGCUGGGUAUCCGCUAACCGCUACCUCUGGAGACCAGGCAGUUCAACUUCCUGUCUUUGAUGGUAGAAGUAGACCUGACCCAGUGUCACCUCCAGCAAGUUCAGCCCCCCCUCCUGUUCAGGCGCCAGCACAGGGCCCACAGUUGGCCAGAUUGGGUGCUCCCCAACCAACAGGAACACCGACCGGAACCAGGAUACCGGUUUUGAAUCCCGCUGAUAGACAGCGGUUUAUUCAAUUGUUUCAAAGAAACGCUCCUAAUGGCUAUCUUGACGGCGAGGCUGCCAAGGCUAUAUUUACGAAGGCUAACCUGCCCAAUGAUACUUUGGGCCAGAUAUGGACCUUGGCUGAUUCGCAGAGUCGUGGCUCCUUGGAUCAGAACGAAUUUAUAAUCGCUAUGCAUCUUAUUCAAUCGAUCAGAACUGGUUCGCUUGCUAGAGUCCCAACUUCAGUGCCAUCCGGUCUUAUUGAAUCAAUUGCUCGUCCGUCUUCAAACAAUAGUUUUAGAUCUGCAAGUGGACAGCCACAACCCCAAGCACAAACAAUUCGUCUAGUCCAACCCCAGUAUACCGGAGGAAGCGUCAGUAGCGGUGUUGAUCGCCAGUCUCCCAUUAUUCGUGGUCCACCAUCUGAUUGGACUAUUUCCAGUCAAGAAAAAGCCCGUUAUGAUGGUCUCUUUGAUUCUCUUGAUAAGCAGAAUACCGGUAGAAUCGGUGCAGACGAAGUCGUGCCUUUUUUGAAGAUGUCCAAAUUAUCCGAGGAUACGUUGGCUCAAGUGUGGGAUUUGGCUGAUAUUCAGAAUACUGGAGUUUUUUCCAAAACAGAGUUUGCCGUUGCAAUGUAUCUUGUACAACAGAAAUUAGCUGGCAGAGAGCUACCUUCCACUUUGCCCCCAAGUGUGUUAGCUAGCCUAACCCCGGGAGGGUCUCGUCAGUCAUCAUACGCUUCAACCUUUCCUGGUCAACCAUAUGCACCGGGACAACAGCCCCAACAAAGACAGGUGUCUACUGCCUCUCAACAGACUGUAAUAAUCGGAGGAAAUGCUCAAAGUGGCACACCAUCUGUUCCCCCUCCCAAUCGUAGUACUGCGACAUCAAGUGCUAUGGAUGACCUGGUAUCACUAAAUGAUGUUUUUGCAUCACCCUCACCAACUUUGUCAAGACAAGGAACUCUGCCACAGUCUCCAAAUACUGAUACGGCUCCCAAACAGUUUGUUCCUAGCUCCAGCUUUGGUCAAAGCCUGGCAACCGAACUACCAGCAGCCACAACUGGUCCUAGUGGCCACGCCUUCUCUAAUCAUGUGUCUGGUCCAACCGCGAGCCAUACUGGAACCCAAGGUCCAUUGUUGGCAGCCAAUUCUUCCACUGCACAGCCUACUAGGGACUUAUUGGCAGAUGAUGAUCCACAGGUCUCUGCGCUCUCUAGUGCUACUACUGAAUUUGCAAAUUUGUCUAACCAAAUUAGUUCGUUGACAACUCAAACGAGGAACACUACAGAAAAGCGGGAGCAGUCUGAGAAAGAGCUCAGCAAUUUACUUGCCCAGAAAAAGGAUAUUGAAGCCAAGCUUGCUGUCCUUCGAGCCAACUACGAUAGCGAAGUCCAAAGGGUUCAACAGGUCCAGGAGUUGUUGAACACUUCAAGGACUGAAACCGCUAAGGUCACUCAAGAUCAUUCAGUAGUCGAGGCCAGUCUUCAGGCUCUUCAGAGCCGUUUCCAACAGUUGUCUGGAGAGCACGAACAAGACAGACAACAAUAUGCUGCUCUGAAAGAGAAGUUACGUGUUUGUAACGAGCAAACUGCGUACUUGAAGAGUACAUUGGAGGAGUUGGAAAAGGAGAACAAGCAACAAAAGAUGCGUAAUAACGUUGCUCAACAGCAGGUGGCUGUAGCCGAGGAGCAAAAUAAGAAACUUUCUGAUGAGAUAAAUGCAUUGAAAGAACAUAAUGCAUCCCUCGAAGCGUCCACGAGGGCAGCGGAGGCAGCAGCAGCUGCUGCCAAUGAGAGUGUUGCUCAAAAAAGACAAGAGCUUUCUCAGCUCUCCACAGCGGUACCGGCUACGGCUACAAGUAGGUUAGUUCAUCCAGGAACGGACUCACAGCAGAGAGGUCUUGGUAAUCCAUUUUCUUCUCAUUUUUCAGGGUCCCAGUUAGCAGGUGCUGCAGCCGGCGCUGUGACUGCCACCGUCGCUACUGGUGCUUCUUCCUUCUUUCAGAACGAGUCCAAUAAUAGCGAGUUUGACGAGUCGUUCCGCCAGUUGGAAAUUGCCUCUCCAUCAACUGCUGAACCCGCUAGAUCGUCUACUCAUAAUACUGAAGAAACUCCAGGCUCAUCUCCGCCUACAUCUGACUACCAAGUGUAUAACCAACAGGAAGGUGAGAAUAUUGGUAUUCCAUCAUUUACUCUUCCACUGGCAAGACCCUUGUCAGCAACUUCAUCUGUUCAGAAUAACCCUCCUAUGUCUGUUAGGGACGAUCUUGAUGUUUCAAGACCUGAAACCCCAACAGAGUCGACUACUGAACCAGUUUCAGGUAUUGUUCCGCCAGAGCCGCUUGAAGAUUUGAAGGAUAGCAAAUUUGAUCAAGGAUUAAGAGCUUUGGAUGAUGGUACUCAUGCCAGUGAUAUUGCUGUCACUUCUGAGUUUGGACAAGGUGAUCAGCAGGACCCCUAUAAAGAAGAGAUCGCUGCAAGUCCCUCGGUCCCCACCACCAGUGGUGUUUCAACCGUCGAUGGGCUCAGGAAUGUUGAAGAUGGAAAUCCCACUUCAAGUGCAGAGGUUGGCGGUGUAGGUGAGAAGGAUAGUUCUUUGGAGACCCUUCGUUCUCGUGAUACUCCAUCACAGUUUACCGAAACUGCCGUCGGAGACCUGCCAUCGUCUUCGGCUGCUGAGAAUUCGCCUUCAAAUGCUGACCAACAGCAAGAAAUUGAGAGCCAGCCGCCUGUCGUUGAACCACAAGAUACCGUCAUUGCGUUAUCCACUAAUAAUGUUAUUGAUCGAGAGGCAAAUGCUGUGACCGAGCCUUCAGGAUCAGCAGUAAUUGCUUCUACAGCUUCGGACGACCAUCAUGAAUCUUCAGAGUCUUUUGAAUUUGUCGAUGCUGAGGACCAGGAGGACAAGUCUACUCUCCAUUCUAAGUCAGUAGCAUCUACGCUGCCUCAUGCUCCUCCCACCAGCUUCCCUACUUCUUCCACUACGUUUGCGAAACCGGGAUCGAAUCCUGAAUUCCCACCUAUUCAAGAUUUGCAGCAGGAUGAAGACAGCAGUUCUGAUGAUGAAGAUGAGAAUAUAGGACACCACCAAGCCCGUGGUAGUGAUGGUGAGAAUUUGGACAAGUUCGUUACACCGGAAUCUACUGGUGAUAACACACACACGUUUGGUCCAGCUGCUGCUGUUGCUAGCUCUGAAGUUGUCCCAGCGGAUCCCCCAGCAUACAAUGAGUUCAAUUUUAAACAAGAUUCUUCGGCAAUUUCUACUCAUGCCAGUGGUUCAACUGUUGUGAACGACGCCUCAACAUCACUAGCACCUGCUGUUGAGCCACCUACUCCUUUAACAGUGUCAGCUCCUGGUGGGUUUCCUGAACAGUCGGUUGCUAAAUCGGUUGGUGGGUUUGAAGAUGAUGACCCAUUUGCUACUGCAUUCAGUGGAUUGAGUGAAGCCAAGGAGGAUAAGGGGGAUACUACUGAAGACUUUACGAAUAAUGACGAGUUUCAACAUACGUUUGAUGAAGCGUUUAGUGAGAGCAAUAAUUUUGGUGUCUCUACAUUCGGUACCGCAAGUCAAUCUUCGGCAGGUGGUCCUGGAAGUGGUAGUGGUAGUGGUAGUGAUGAAUGGGAACAAUUGUUUGCGGGAUUCAGCAACAAUGUCCCGCCCCCUACUGUACCAAAUGCCAGUGAGCAAGAUAUUAACGAUGCAUUUGCUAUUCCCUCUGGGGCAACUCCAUUUGCUGCCUCAGUUGCUGCACCGCCUCUACCACCCAAGGCAGUGUCCCCGAACUCAGCAGCAGUCAAUGAACUGGUUGGAAUGGGUUUCACUCACGAAGAUGCAUUAGACGCUCUGCAGAAAAAAAACUUCAACCUUUCUGAAGCCUCAAAUUAUCUUCUUGAUCGUACUCGUUAG